UUCCUGUCUGCAAACACGUCACAAUCAUGAUUAGAAUUGAUGAUCGGAGGUUCUGAUUUCAUUGUCUAGCAAAGGGGACGGGUGUAGAAAUCUGCUGAAUUUGAGCGUUCGUCUGAUUUUGACAUCAGAAAUGCCACAUUGCCCAGCAGCCUGCCAGGUACACUGAGGCAGGAUGAGUGCAAUCACAAUUGCGCUAAUCUAGAGACAUGCAGGUUGCGCUGUGAUCUGCAUGGCUGCCCCGUUCCAGUCCGGUAGCAGAAUGGAUGCGUGGCCAAACAGACGUGGCCUGCAGGCUUUUUGGGGGUUCUUUAUCUUUGUGGUUGCCUCUCAGAUGAACCUGCGGUCAGUGUUUACGGCUGAACAGCAGAGGAUCCUGGAACGUUACUAUGAUAAUGGGAUGACCAAUCAGAGCAAGGCUUGCUUCCAGCUAAUACUCCAAUGUGCUCAGGAGGCCAAACUGGACUUCAGCGUGGUCCGGACAUGGGUUGGCAACAAAAGACGUAAGCUCGCCUCCAGGGUAGAUCAAAAUGGAGGCGUGCCUCAUUCCUUAUCCAGUCACGGACUCGCUGGGGGACUACUCUCCAAUCACACGUUAGCCGGAGGUGCUCUGUCCAAUCACGGCCUGGCGGCGGGGGCACUGCUACCUGCUGAAAUGGCUGCAGCGCGGAGCAUCCAGAACCGUGUGCACCUUGUCCCUCCAUCCUCGUCCUUCCCUUCUUUCUCGUCAACAUCCUCCUCUCCUUCCUCUUCCUCUCCCCUCAGCAGCGGAAGCAACAACAACAACAACAAUAAUGACGUCAUACUGACCGGGAUCUACUCUCUCAACUCCGUCCCUCGCUCCCGAUCAAGACCUACAGCCCCCCCAUCUCAGUCAGACUCCGAGCUUUCUGCACACACAUCCUCAUCUCUGAUCAGCCAGGCCCUGCAGAGCAGGAGCUGCUCUACCUCCUCACCCCUCCACUCCAAGCUGGUCUCACUCUCUCAGAACUUCCCAUCCCUCACAUCUGCCUCAGGGCCUUUAGUCUACACUGCAGUCAGGAAGGGAACUUUACCCCUUGGGGAAGCAGGGGUAAGUGCAGGAGCAGGGGUAGUACCUCACAGUUGGACUAGGCAGUACGGUACAGCGCAAACUCGCCCUUGGUCCUCUUCCUCACAGUCCCAGACUCAGCUUCACGCCAGACCUCACUUCAACUCCCAACCUCAGCCGCCUGCCCCACAGAAGACUCGGGUCUCCCUCCCAGUGCAAAACUCUGGCCCCUCUGAACAGACACCUCGUAUUCAGCAGGUCUUCACCUUGUCAGAAAGAGGCGAGGGAGACAGACUCAGACCGAGUCCCGUGUCUUCCCAGAAAGGCCAGGAGAGUCAUAGGCCAGCGCCCUAUCCUCUGGACACCAGUCAUAACUUCUCCAUUGCCAUGGAAACUGGAGAUGAAGCAGAUGAGUGGCAAAGGGAAGAGGAGUUGGCAAAUAUGGCCGCUCACACGCACAUCCACAGGGAGCAGAUGUCAGCUAGCCCAACUGGUGCUGAGGUGUCUGUGGUGAGAGGAAGCCACUCGCCCCCUAUGGCUAGCUCCAGACCCACACUGCUUCACAGCAACACAACCCUUCAAGGCAGCUACUCCCUCACAGCACAGACCUCACUUACAGGGGAAUCCAGCUCACAGACUUCAAUUGGUGUGUCUGCUGCCCCCUGGGUUAUCAGCAAUUCCAGAAAGAGAACACUGCAGGAUCGGACCCAGUUCAGUGACGCGGAUCUCGUCCAGCUGAAGCGCUACUGGGACCGAGGCAUGACCAGCCUGGGCUCAGUCUGCAGGGAAAAAAUCACUGCUGCAGCGAACCAGCUCAAUGUAGACACUGAAAUAGUCAAGACAUGGAUCAGUAACAGACGGAGGAAGUACCGCCUGAUGGGUAUUGAAAUCCCUCCACCUAAAGGUGGGCCUGCUGUGUUCUCAACCUCAUCUCCAGGAAACGAUUCUCCGUUGGGCCUCAGUCCCGACGAGGAUCGGCUCAGAACGCCUGAACUCGGAGAUGACUUGAAUGAUGGGGGGUCUGUCUGCCUGUCUGAAGAUGGCACCAUCGACUCACAACACAGAGACGCAGUAGAUGGAACAGAUUUCUCCGCUGCUGCUCCACUGGCCAAUAAUGUGAAGAUCGAAGUAAUUGAUGAGGACGAGGAAGAAGAAAAUGAUGAUUAUGAUGGUGAAUUGGUGGCUACAGACCUAGAGCAAAUGCAGAGCCUGCUGGAAUUCAAGCACGAGGAAGUGCAGUUCUUAGAGCAUGAGCUAGAGAACCAAAAACACAAAUACCAGGAGCUUGCAAGCUUCACGAAGAGCCUGCUCAGUGCUGUGAGGAAUAAUGACCUGCAGAGACAGCAGGAACUCAUGGCCAGUCUACCUCAGCCUUCAGACCAGGACUGGGACAUGGCAGUGGAGAGAGGAACCCAGCCUGGUGCUGCAUCGGCGGACGCAUCCUCCCACCACGAUGACUCCCCGGGGGCUAGUACAAACAGCGUGGAGACUCCGCCGGCCCCAGCAUACGAAGAAGUCCCACUGGUCUGCAUAAACGAAGAUGACACAAUAACUGAAGUUACUGAGCCCUCUGCAUCAGAGGAGCAACUACAGGAAGCCGUUUCAGAACAAAAGUGACUAUUUCAUGUACAUCAGCUCACAUAGACUCAUGCAGAUUUUUCCACACUCCACACAGAAGCCGGUUUCAGACGAGAGGGACUGUAUGGUCUUAUAUUUACACAAACACUGGUAAACUGACCCUCCACGCCCAGUGCCUGUGGAUUGAUGCUUCAUUAUGACUGUUGGGCUGACAAAUGCCUUUUUUACUGCAUAUCAUUCGCCUUGCUCUGGACCAGUCCAGAGAGAACAAUAAACGACCUCUAAUUUA